AGUAAAAUAUAUUCCUUGAACAUUGUCUAUGUUCGAACUGUUUUCCCGCCAGUGUAAACGUCAAUCAAAACUCGUAAGUGUUGUUGAGUUUCGCAGACUUUUUGAAGAAGAUACAUUAUAUUAUUUAAAUGCUGUAGUAAAACUAUUCUUUAAUGAUGGCAGACUCCUUAGCUGGACAACGAGCCAAGAGGCAAAAGAUUGACAAGCACGGUCGUUUAUCGGCUUUCGAGAGACUGAAGCAACUGAAAGGCAAAGGAGUUAAGAAUAAAUAUGAUGUGGACGAAAUGGAGAAUGUUUACGAUACGGUGGACGAGAGGGAAUACACUGAACGUGUGAUGCAACGACAAGAAGAUGACUGGAUCGAAGACGACGGUACUGGCUAUGUGGAAGAUGGCCGUGAGAUAUUUGAUGAUGAUGAAAUUGAAGACACUUAUGUGGCAUCAAAUAACAAGGAGUCUGGUAGAGGUCAGAAGAGGAAAGCCAGGGUUGCACCACCUGCUUCAGCUAAAGGAAAUAUUAGGAACCUUCUUGGUUCAAUGCCCACCAAGAAGAAAGAGGAUAUCAAAAUAUCAGAAGACAACAUACUAUCAGACAUUAUGUCUGACUUAGAUGGCAAUGUAUCAGCCCCUGUGAAGCCAAAGCCAGUACCUACUAAGGCUAACAUAGUGGAGUCUAGCAAGAGAGAUGCACAGAACUACUUCAAGAGUCUCUCCUCAGCUGCUAAGAAACCCAGCACAUCAGCUAUGCUGGUGAAGGAACAGCCAGCUGAACCAAAAGAUAAUAAAGAGAAUCUUAUUUCUUCAGAUAAAUCAGUUUUAAAGACAGAACCGGUGCAGAAAAGUGAAUCACCAAAGCCAACUAAACCAACACUAAAGAAACCUGAAUGGAAAAUAGACAGAGAAAUAAAACAGGAAGUGGAAGAUUCAGCCACACAAAACAUUGAGGAAUUCACAGACACUCAGGACAUCAACUUUGAUGAUGACUUCAGUAAUGAUGCAGCACCAGCUCCACAAGCAGUUGAAGUGAAAAGUGAGAUCCUGCCCAGUACUGGAGAAACCAUCACAGACGUAGCUGAAGAGUUUCUCAAUGAAGACUUUGAGAUAUUUGCAGUUAAAAAGGAGUCUCCCAAAGAGCUCAAACCCUUGACAAGUACCUGGUCAGAACAAAUGGGAGAGAACCAAGCAGUAGCCACUGUGUCCUUGGAUCAGUUACCCCUGCAAACCAAGGAAAAUGGAGAUAAGUACUUGAAGUUCUACUGGCUUGAUGCCUGGGAAGACCGGUUUGUGAAGCCAGGAGUUGUGUACCUGUUCGGUAAGGUGUAUGUCAACCCCUCAAAUAAGAAGGAGGGCAGUGCAUCCUGUUGCCUUGUUGUCAAGAAUGUCAAUAGACAACUGUUUCUUUUGCCAAGAGAAUAUAAACUGGAUCCAGUGACACUAGAUCCUACUGAUGAGGAAGUGGGCAUGAUGGAUAUGUAUGAAGAAUUCAACAAGUCAGUGGCGAGUGAGCUCGGCCUCAAGGAGUUCAAGUCAAGGAAGGUCACCAAGAACUACAGCUUCAACCUGCCAGAUAUACCGGCGCAGUCUGACUAUCUAGAAGUUAGAUAUGCUGCCACUUUCCCUCCACCGCCAAAGGACAAGAAGUAUUUAACAUUUUCCCAUAUAUUUGGUACUACCACGUCAUCGUUAGAGACCUUUCUCCUUGAGCGGAAGAUCAAAGGUCCAUGCUGGCUGGAGAUCAAGCACCCGGAGCAAGUGCAGGCCAAAGUGUCGUGGUGCAAGCUGGAGGCGGCCUGCGACCGGAUAGAGCAUAUCACCGUCAUCAGAGACGGCGCUGAUUUGGAACCACCCCCUAUUGUUGUUGCUACUAUCAACAUGCGAACCGCGAUGGAUCCCAAAACAAGGAAGACCAAGAUAUUGAUGCUGAGCUGUUUGUCACACACUAACUUCCCCAUACAUAAGCCACCGCCAAACCCACCAUUUCAACAACAUUUCUGUGUAAUGACAAAAUGCAAUGAAAUCUGGCCACUGGACUUGAAACAAUCCUUACCCCAGUAUAAGGCGACUAAAUUAACUAAAUGUGAUACAGAAAGAGAAUUACUUAACUUCUUCAUGGUUCAAUUUUGGAAAAUGGACCCUGACUUGGUAGUGGGCCAUGAUUUGCAAGGGUUCCAGCAAGAUCUACUGAUCGGCAACAUACUCGACCUCCACAUACCUAACUGGUCUAGACUAGGGAGACUAAAGAGAGCUGUCGCACCUCAGAAGAAAUUCGCAGCAAAGGACGCUUUCUUAGGACGCUUAGUAUGCGAUAUCAAAAUAUCUGCAAUGGAAUUGAUCCGAGCCAGGAGUUUUGACCUUGACACGUUGUGUGUAAAUGUACUGAAGAUGAAGGAAGGUGAACGAAUGGAAGUUGCUCUUGAAGAUAUACCCCGAUAUUAUGAGAACAGUCGAGACCUAUUCCAACUCGUCUCACUUAGCAUGCAAGAUGCUUCUUACAUACUCAAAAUGAUGUGCGAAUUGAAUGUUAUACCAUUAGCUUUGCAGAUUACUCAAAUCGCAGGAAAUAUUAUGUCUCGAACGUUACUUGGUGGUAGAUCUGAGCGAAACGAGUUUUUAUUACUUCAUGCGUUUACCGAGAAAAACUACAUUGUACCUGACAAGGUUUAUGGAAAGAAAACUGUUGCUGAUGACGAUAACGACGAAGAAGAAGGUACCAACAAUGUCACUAAGAAACAAGGAAAGAAAAAGGCUGCCUACUCUGGAGGACUGGUCUUAGAUCCUAAAAAAGGAUUUUAUGACAAAUUAAUACUCCUCAUGGACUUCAACUCCUUGUAUCCUAGCAUAAUUCAAGAAUAUAACAUUUGCUUUACUACGAUUAAACGGAAAGCCGCAGUACCGUCUGACGACGACGUAGCCAAUCUUAUCUUGCCACCUGCAAACACCGACCUUGGAGUUCUUCCAACACAAAUCCGUAAACUUGUGGAAAGUAGACGAGAAGUCAAGAAACUGAUGAAGACACCAGAUUUAUCACCUGAACAGUACAUGCAGUACAACAUACGGCAAAUGGGUUUGAAGCUCACCGCCAAUUCUAUGUAUGGAUGUCUUGGAUUUACACACUCAAGAUUCUACGCCAAACCUCUAGCCGCUCUAGUUACUAUGAAAGGAAGAGAAAUUCUAAUGGAUACCAAAGAAAUAGUACAGAAGUCUAAUUACGACGUAGUGUACGGAGAUACCGACAGCUUGAUGAUAAACACGAAUUGUUUAGAUUAUGACAAUGUUUUCAAAAUAGGUGUAGAUCUCAAAAAAGAAAUCAAUAAAAAAUACAAACAGAUAGAGCUCGAUAUUGAUGGAGUAUUUAGGUAUUUGUUACUUUUGAAGAAAAAGAAAUAUGCUGCUGUAUUAGUGAGUAAAAACAAGAAUGGUGAGUUUGUAUUUACUCAAGAACAUAAGGGUUUGGAUAUCGUUCGUCGUGACUGGUCGCAACUCGCAGCUGAAGCAGGCAAAUUUAUUUUAAGUCAAAUACUUUCUGAACAAUCUGCAGAUGAAAGACUUGAGAGUAUACAAUCGCAUCUUAACAAACUCAAAGAUGAUUUAAUGAAUGGCAAAAUGCCACUUUCUAUGUUAACUAUAACAAAACAAUUGACAAAGAACCCAAAUGAAUAUGCUGACAAAAACGUCCAACCUCAUGUACAAGUAGCUCUGAGACUGAACAGUAAGAACAGCAGGAGGUUCAAGAAAGGAGAUGUAGUGCCUUACAUUAUCUGCGAAGACGGCACCGCCAAUUCCGCGACGCAAAGAGCAUACCAUAUAGAGGAAUUGAAGAACUUGGAACAUCUUAAAGUCGACUUUAAAUAUUAUUUGGCACAUCAAUUACAUCCGGUGAUAUCUAGAAUAUGUGAACCUAUCGAAGGCAUGGACCCUGCGCGCGUAGCGGACUGUCUUGGUUUAGACCCAUCAGGAUAUAGGCAAAUAAUAAGGAGAGAAGCCUCCAACACAGAUACAUAUGAAGUAGAAAACGAACAAGAGAAAUACAGGCAUUGUAAAGAGUUUGUGUUUAUGUGCGUAAACGAAAAUUGCAAAACUGAAAACAAAAUACGGGAGACAGUUGUUAAAUUAGACAAGGAGAGUGUAACAUUUUUAGAUAAAUGUCAAAAUGAUAAGUGUAAUUUGAGGCCAGUGGACUACUUGGCGAGUAUUCAGAACCAGUUGAGCCUGCAAGUGCGGCAGUACCACGCGCAGUAUUACGCGGGCUGGCUGUCGUGUGAGGACCCCGCGUGCGGCCACCGCAGCGCGCGCUUGCCGCAGACCUUCGCCGGCGGCUACCCGCUCUGCAGGCUGUGUGAGAAAGGAGUCAUGUUCAGAGAAUACACAGAGAAGGAUCUGUACCUCCAGAUCAACUUCUUUAUGUUUUUAUUUGAUCUCGCCAAACAUACCAACGCAAAAACACGUAUAUCGCCUCAGGUAACGACUGCUUUUCAACAGCUGAAAGAAAUGGUUGUAGAAGACUGGCUGGCACAGUCUGCAUACUCAGUUAUAAACCUAUCGAAACUAUUCCGAUUCUUCACUUUAGACUCGAAAGCUGGUAGCAAAGUGAAGUCUGAGCCUAUUGAGAUCGACAUUUUACCUGAGACUGAGCAAAUAGAUGCACUGUUAGAAAUGGGUGUCUAUUAAACCUUAUUUAUAAUGUUUUAUUUUAUGAUUAGAAUCAUGUUGUAACUAAACUGUAUAUAUUAAAAUAUUCUUCUAUUACAAA